AUGACCGACAGACGGGUCGCACUGACGCUGAGGAGACCUUCGUCCGAAGCCGCCGCUGACCAGGUCAGGAUCAGGGCCCUCGACAUCCCGGGCGACCAUAGGAGAUCCGCCAGCCUUAUCGUCCAUGAUACUGUCACCGUUUUGAAGGUCUCCGCCAUCAUGCUCGAUGAGGACGAAUUUCUCCGUUGCUUGGGUAGUAGCAGUAUCGCAAUUGGAAAGGGCCACAACUUGGCCAUGCUGGUCGGCGCAGUAAGGCCUAGCAUCGGCAGCAGCCGCAAAGAAGGCGGCGACUGCGAGCUGCUGGAGGCCCGAAAGGGAGAGGCUUUGAUUGCUUGA